UCCAUGCCCUGUCCUAAAAAUCUCCGGCGCUUGAACCCUAGCAAAGCGGUAGCAGCAGCAAAUCCCUCCUAAAAAGCGCGGUCGCCGGAGACAGAGGAGACAAAGUUGCCAGCUUCCCACCCUCAGGGAAGGCUUGCGGUCAGCGGGAAGCCGUUGAUGUCAGCCUCCGCCAUCGUCGCCGACAGGGCGAGCGGGUACCACCUUCUCACGGUCGAUGGCUACUCCUGCACCAAGACUGUUCCCACCGGAGAACCCCUUAAGUCACACCAGUUCGCCGCGUGCGGCCAUCGCUGGCACAUCGAAUACUACCCCAACGGCCAAACAUCGGAGUCAGCGGAUCACCUGUCCUUUUUUCUAUGUCUCGACGACAACGUUGUUGGCAGCACGGAGGUGAAAGCGCGCCACAGUUUCUGGUUCGUCGACGCGGUGCAGAAGGAGGAAGUGCUGCCUUCAUUCCCAUCGGGGGCAGCUGUGAAGAACUACGCAGGCAGCUCUGGCUGGGGGACUUCAAAGUUCAUCAAAAGGGAAGCCUUUGAGAAAUCCAAGCAUCUCAAGGAUGAUUCCUUCACAAUCAGGUGUGACAUUGUUGUCAUCAACGGGUUCUCCACCAAGAUGGCCGAGGCUGCUGCCCCAAAGUUUGUUUCCCCGCCCCCGUCCGACCUGAACAAGCACCUCGGCGUUCUCCUUAAGACCGAGAAGGGCGCCGAUGUGGUGUUUCGGGUUGGCAGUGAGACGUUCGCCGCACACCGAUGCGUGCUCGCCUCCCGAUCGCCGGUAUUCAGUGCGGAGCUCUUCGGCGCAAUGAAGGAGGGUGGCACAUCCGGAGUCAUACACAUAGAUGACAUAGAGGCUCAGGUGUUCAAGGCGUUGCUCUAUUUCGCCUACACCGACAAGAUACUAGAGACAAAAGAAGAAGAUGAAGAUACCAUGUUCCAGCAUCUACUUGUCACGGCAGACAGGUAUGACAUGGAGAGGCUGAAGCUGGUUUGCGAGGAAAGGCUAUGCGGGUACAUCGAUGUAGGCACAGUUGCGACCAUCCUGGCUCUCGCUGAUCAGCACCACUGCGUUGGGCUGAAGAAGGCAUGCUUUGAUUUCCUCAGCUCCCAUGCAAACUGGAGGGCAGUUGUGGCCACUGAAAGCUUCCAGCGUGUGUAUAUCAGCUGUCCUUCUGUUGUGAUGAAGCUGAUUGACAUGCCGUCGGCAGAGUGAUGCCCAGUAUUUUGGCAAUGCUAAUAGUUCAUGGUUUCUAGAUCUUUAACAUUAGAUAUUUUAGUUGCAAUGGGUACUUGCCUGGUUUCCAGACUUUGUGACAGUAUCAGGUGGUUCUGUUGUUUUAUGAAUGCCUAUGUGCUUGCUUUAUAAGGAGGAGAUGCAAAGUGGCAUCACUUUGUUUAUUU